ACCUGCAUUUUGACAUGUUUUGAAAAAAGAAAAAAGUCAAGAAAGAAAAAAGCAGCAAGAACAAUUUUUUUGCUAAAAAUAUCCACAAAACGCGUCUAUUUUACGGAAAAAUUCUCAAUAGAAUGUUUGGAGAAGUAGGUAAAGUUCCGUAUUCUUCGUGGUAGGCAGAGUUCGGCGGUGAAUCGCGCGUUUCACGUGAAAAUAGUGCGUAAAGUGAAAACGUCGCACAAAAGAAAGUAUUUGGUGGCGUUUUUUUUUUAUUUCAAGUGUUGGUGUGAAAAAUAAAUUAAUUUUCUUAUCAGAGUUGAGAACUUGGUGGCAGAAGCGAUAAGGCAGUGGAAUUGCCACGGAGUUGAGUGAGGCGAAAAUUAAAAGGAGAAUUUUGUGGGAAAUUGAGGAACAAUGGAAACAUCUGUGGAGCAGACAACGCCACGACUUCCAGGGCCAACACUGACACCCUCGCUCACGGAUACGGAAGACCCACAUCCCAGUUUGUCAGAUUGGCACGACUACGAGCCCAAUUUGGAGUUUGAUGACACAGAACUAUCACAGGCCCCGGACCCCAAUCUCAUUGUGGCUCUCGACGAUGAUGCUCUAAUAUCAGGAGAUUUCGUGACCCCCACGGACGAUAUUCAGACAAAUUUGGAGGCAGACAACUACGAGGAGCAGUUGCGUGUGGCAUCGGAAAUGGAUGAAUUUAGUAGUAUGAAGACGUAUGAGGAGCUCAAGUUCAUUGAUUUCUUCGGUACGGACAAACAGGGACAACAUAUCUUUGCCAUCUUCGCGUGUCGGCUACCGCCCAAAAGUGAACUCAACAAUUCCGCCUUCAUUCACUUCAUCAUCCAGAAGAUGGAGGCCUUCGUGCAGAAUGACUAUGUGCUGGUUUACUUCCACCAGGGCUUGCGGGACAAUAGUAAGCCCUCUGUGGAUUUUCUCUGGAACUCCUACAAGGAGCUAGAUAGGAGUUUCAAGAAGAAUCUCAAGCGUUUGUACGUUGUACAUCCAACUAUGUUCAUUCGUGUCAUAUGGAAUCUCUGUAAGCCCUUUAUCAGUGUUAAAUUCAAGAAUAAACUCUGCUACGUGAGCAGCCUCGAGGAGUUGCGUGAGAAUUUGGGGCUGAAGAGUCUCAAAUUGCCAGAGAAUAUCUAUGAAUUUGACGAAAGAAAUUCAACGAGCCGCAAAUCUUCUGGAUUGAGUGGGAAUAAGAAAUCCGAAGAGGCCAGCAUUGCAAAGACAACGCAAUUUGGGGUGACGCUGAAGUUUAUCAAUCAAAAUAGUCCCUGCCUCAACUACAUUCCACCCGUGGUGAGGAAGUGUGUUGAUCACUUGUCCGUGAGUGGGGUGAUCGAUACGGAGGGAAUCUUUAGGCGUUCCGGCAACUACAGCCGGAUAAAUAGCCUCAAAGCGUCCGUCAAUGCGGGUGAGAAUGUUGACUUUAAGAAUGAGGACACACACGUUAUUGCGGGGCUGCUGAAGACCUUCCUGCGGGAUCUCAAUGAGCCCCUCCUCACAUAUGCCUUGUACGAUGAGAUUAUUAAGUUCCUGGAGUGGACAAAGGAGGAGCGACCGCGAAAUGUUAAGCAAAUGCUGCGCGAAAAGCUGCCCGUGGAGAAUUAUGAGCUUUUCAAGUACAUCAUUGAGUUCCUGGUGAAGGUAAUGGAGUGCAAGGACUUGAAUAAGAUGACCUCGUCGAAUUUGGCAAUAGUCUUCGGACCGAACCUGAUUUGGGCGCACAAUCAAAUGUCUCUGGAGGAGGUGAAUCCCAUAAAUGCCUUCAUUGAGUUUGUCCUGCAGAAUCAUCGGGAUAUCUACAUGGUGGAUAUUAAUCCGAAAGAGACGGUUGAUUAACCCAGGCUUUUGUAAUUUAGUUUGUAUUUUUUUAAUAAGUUGUCCCCAUUCAGCACCUGUUUUCAUCAACCCAGUCCUUUUUUUUGUACAUUUUAAUCCUUUUUUUGGGGUGUUUUAAGUAAAGAGAAAAGAAAAGAAUAUUAAGUGUUAAAUUUUCUCCAUUCCUCCCACACAAAUCUUCCGCUGACUCAAAGAGUUAUUGCCUUUUUUCCUUUAAAAGAAAAGAAAAGAGAAAGAAAAGAGAAAAACUUCCUUCCUGCACACGACACAUUUAAUCUUUUUGCAGAGAAAAUCUCUCUAUAUGGCUGUUGAAUUGUUUUCCCUUUUCUUUUUACAAGAAAAAUCUUCUUUUCUAUGUAGAAUAUGUAGAAAAUAAAUUUAAAAAAUAAAUAAAUAAAAUGAGGGAAAUUUUACGAUAAAAGUUGGAAUUCUAAAGAAAAAGAAAA